AUAGCCAAGAAAAUUUGGGUAACAAGUGAUUUUUAUCCAGUCUUUUGGUGUAGCAACUGUGAGAGACUCAAAUUGAAAGACAAUGAAUGAAAUAUGAAUAUCUAAAGGCUAAGGAUUAUUCAAUCCUUUAAAUUUAAUCUUCUUGCAAAUUUAUUUAACUUUUCAUUUUGUUUUGAUAAUCUACCCAUCAUCUUACAAGACUGUGAGUUACUUAUCAUCUCAUUAAGAACCUUUCCUCCCCUUUAAACAGAGCGAAGCAGAAACAAAGAAAAUAGAAAAUCAGUGAUUUGAAAAUCAAUUUCAACUGUUAAAAUGUGGGCAGGAAUACAAGAUGUUUCUUCGGCCGCUUUACUCAACAUUAAAGAUAACAAUCAACAAAUGGGAGCCACCACAAGAAAUGGAACUCUUCAGGCUCAUCAUCGAACGACAGUUGAAAAACUACCGGACAAGGUUCUUUUGAAAAUAUUUUCUUACUUGCCCCAUCGGGAAAUCGCUCGUAUUGGUAGAGUAUGUAAAAAGUGGCGGAUAAUUUCAUGUGAUUCAAGGCUUUGGUCUCAUGUCUCUUUGAGACCUGAGAUAUCUGGACUUCAUGUCAAUUCAAUGGAAUCAUUACUAGCUCUAAUCUCUAUUCGCUUCGGUCCAUCUUUAAAAUACAUCGAGCUUCCCAUGGAGUUGAUCACACACACGGUUCUUCAUGAACUAGCCAACAAAUGUCCCAACUUGACUCAUAUUUUACUUGAUUUCUCAACUGCAAUGCAGCUUCACGAUUUCAAUGAUCUCCACUCAUUUCCUACUAAACUGAAAACAAUGUGUAUCUGCCUAUCAGAAGUCAUCUUUAUGGAAGGUUUCAUGAGAAAAAUAUACAACUUUAUUAAUGGAUUAGAAGUUCUCCAUUUAAUUGGUACCUAUGAGAAAGCUGUUGAAGAGGAAGAAGAGGAAAUUUAUGAAGUAAUAAACAUUCAUAAGCUGAAAAGUGCUGUACCCAAUUUACGGAUUGUCAAUCUUUAUGGAAUCAAUUUCGUUGAUGAUUCACAUGUUGAAGCUUUUAGUUCCAACUGUAUUCAACUUGAAUGCCUUUCACUCAACUAUUGUACCAAAUUUACUGGAAGUGUUCUUAAACUUCUCUUUCAAAGAUGCAAACGAUUACAAUGUCUUCUAAUGCAACAUACAGGUUUGAAAGAUGAACAUGUGAAAGCCGUAGAAUGGGAGAAAACAAAUCUUCAAGAAUUGGAUAUAACUGCCUGUGAAUUAUCAACAGAUUGUUUAAUUGAUAUGUUGUCCAGGAUUCAAGGACUUCGAUAUUUAGGAGCAGGUCAACAAGAUGGCUUCAAUGAUUUAGUUUUAGGCCAAAUGAUUGAGAGAGGGACAACCAAAAAUUUGAUUGCUUUUGAUGUUGAUGGAAACACGAAUUUGUCUGAAGAUAUUUUACUUCAGUUUCUAAAAAUUCAGGGACCUUAUCUUAGAGGCCUUCAAUUGUCGGGAAUACCUCAUUUGGCUGAACAAUUUUGGACGACAGUUACUCCUUUAAUUAAAAACAUGAAGAUACUAGUCAUGGGAAUGCCUGAAGGAUGCUGCCAAAAGGUUCAAUCAAAAGUCCAUAUCGACUCUCUAAUUGAUGGGAUAGCUAACAAUUGUUCAAACCUGGAAAGACUAGAGGCUCGCUGGGAUGCAGAGACACUUCGUUUUUCAGAUCGAUCAAGUAAAGCUGUUGAUGCCAUUCGACUUAAAUGUCCUCGGCUUCGGUGUUUAGUUCUCAGUGAUGGCACUUACUUUGAAUUAGUCAAAUCAAACUUUGAACGAGCUGAUAGGCCUACUGUGGUUAGAUCAACGGUCAACUGUCGAGUAACCUGUGUUUAUCUUUUGCAUUAUUAUAAGCAAAUAAUAUUCAACUGAUCAGGCAAGCUUAUUAUAGUAUUGACAAUUGUGCAAAAAAGAGAUUUGACAAGAAUCGAUGUUAACUGAUGUUUAUCAACGGUCAAUUGCUAGAUUGAAUGUAAUAAAGAAAACCUAAAUGAUCUCUUUUAGCGUAUCAUUUGUGUUAAAUGACGGAAAACACUUUUCACAACUUUUUCAUCAAUAUUGUAUAGCUUUCACAACAUGCAUUAAAAUUUGAAACAAAAAA